AUGCUGGACUCCUCGUCGUCCGACACGUUGGCGUCAACCCAGGCGCCGCCCCCGUCCGAGAAUACGGCCUUGCUGCCGAAAUCCCCGGGCUCCGCCUCCGAUGAACCCUCCCAAAUUCGGCAAUGGGUGGCCGAAAUCUUGCUGCUGGCCAAGGCCGCCGUCCCGGUCAUUUUGGCUUACACGCUGCAGAACAGCUUGCAGACCAUCAGUGUGCUCAUCGUCGGGAGACUGAGCCCCGAAGCGCUCGCCACGGCGGCGUUCAGUUACAUGUUCGCCAUGGCGACUGCGUGGCUGAUCGCGUUGGGCGGAACAACGGCGCUCGACACACUCGCAUCGAGCAGUUUCACCGGUUCGUCAAACAAGCAUGACUUGGGCGUAUUGCUGCAAAGAGGCAUUAUCGUCUUGUCGGCGUUUUACGCCGUAGUGGCUGUGUUGUGGUGGUUCUCCGAGCCAGUGUUUCGCGCUCUUGGGCAAGAGGAAUUCAUUUGCGUGCAGAGUUCGACAUUUCUGCGGUGCCUGAUCCCGGGCGGGUUGGGGUAUGUCUGGUUUGAGGCCAUGAAGAAGUACUUGCAGGCGCAGCAAAUUUACCGCCCAGGUACGUAUGUGCUAUGCAUCACGUCUCCGAUGAACGCCGGGCUCAACUACCUCUUCAUCCACACGUUCGGCCUUGGUCUGUAUGGUGCUCCGCUCGCCACCGGCAUCUCGUACUGGGUUUCGUUCUUGCUGCUUGUGGCGUACGCCGUCUUUGUACGUGGCAAAGAGUGCUGGGGUGGAUUGGACCUGCGCAAGGCACUCAGAAACCUUGGGCCAUUUGCCAAGCUGGCGAUUCUGGGCGUCGUCCACGUCGGUACGGAAUGGUGGGCGUUUGAAAUCGUAGCUCUCGCCGCCGGAAGACUCGGUACGAUCCCGCUGGCGGCGCAGUCGGUGAUCAUGACAGCAGAUCAAAUCAUCAACACGAUCCCGUUCGGCCUUGGGGUGGCGGCGUCGGCAAGGCUUGGAAACCUGCUGGGGGCGCAGAAACCGCGGGACGCGGCGAGAGCUGCGCACGCAGCGGCCAUGCUGUCUGUGAUCCUAGGCACGCUGGUGCUCAUUGUGCUCAUGGCGACCAAGGACGUGUUCGGGCGCAUCUUCAACGACGACGAGCGAGUGGUUCGGCUCGUGGGCGAAGUGAUGCCGUUCGUGGCUCUCUUCCAGAUUGCCGACGGACUCAACGGUUCUUGUGGUGGUGCGCUCCGCGGAAUGGGUCGUCAGUGGGUUGGAGCCGUGGUGAACCUCGUCAGCUACUACGGCGGGGCGCUGCCGGCCGGGAUCUACCUCGCCUUCAACGGCUGGGGACUCGCCGGUCUUUGGAUUGGACAAUGCGUUGCGCUGUAUCUUGUGGGCGCGCUCGAAUGGGUCAUUGUUGGAUUGAGUAAAUGGGACAGAGAGUGCCAGCGAGCUCUGGAUCGGCUGGAUGAUAGUAGCGACGGUCAGCAAGACGCACCUGCCGGCGACGUCUGA